GUCGAGGGUGUUGGUGCGGGUGGUCGGAGGUGGUGGUGAGGGUCGGAGGUCGGAGGAUGGAGGUCGGAGGUGGUGGUGAGGGUGGGCGGUUGGGAUGCGAGAGAGAGAGAGAGAGAGAGAGAGAGAGAGAGAGAGAGAGAGAGAGAGAGAGAGAUAUGAUGCAGAGAAAGAAUGAGUAAAUUGUGAGGGGGUAUUUUUGGGGUUUUGAAAAAAAAAAUCAUAGUUUUUUUAAGAUUUAGAUUUUUGAUUUAAUAAUAAAUUUUUUUAAUUUUUUAAGUAUAUAAAAUCAAAUUUCCCAUCUUAAAACGAAAAAUGGUUUGGCGCCCUUUCCGUACGAUCGGAGAAGAGAAGAGAAAGGUAUCUCCGGCCAGAAAAGUUGGUCAAAAUGGAGUUGAUUCCGUACAACCACAGCCGGAAAAGCACUGGCAGUAUGACAUUGCAGAAUCAGGUAAAUCAGUAGAAAAUCGUACCUUUGAUUUUCUCUGUUUUUUCUUUUUCCAUUUGUGGUUGCCCGUUGCCUUGUUCUUUAGGUCCAUGAAUUAAGAACUUUCCCUAAACGUGAAUGACAUUUAUGUACUGAUCAUUUGAUUUUAAUUUGUAUUAAUGCUUUUCAAUCACUCCAUCACAGACUACGGGUAAAGCUGAUACCACCAAAUUACUGAAAUCAUUUCUCUGUCCUCUGAAUCCCUUUCAACUGUUACUACUAGUGUUUUCUGAUUGGUUUAUUGACUCUUUGAAAAGGCUUCACGCUUUGAAUGCUUUUGUUUCAUAUACAUAUAUAUAUUUAUAUACCUAUUCACGCUUUGAGUUUGAGUCCAUCAUCUUAAAUAUACAUUUUAUCUCUUACUUUGUGAGAUUUAGGGAUUUUGUGAAGGUUCUCACCAUCGGAGAAGUAGAGUCUGAUUCAAAACGAACAAGAAAGAGGGUUAUCUUGAAGACUUGAACCAUGACUAGUUUUUGCUUUUUCAAGAUUCAUGAUGACUAUUCAAUGACACAAUGGGCACUUCCACCAAAGUUUGUGAGGCUGCAAGGACACACAUUGGCCGAAACUGUAUCGUUUGUUCUUCCAUGUAGCCAUAAAUGGAAGAUAGGUUUGGUUUCCAAAGAUGGCAAGUUAUACCUCAAAGAAGGAUGGCCGGAAUUCGUAAAGCAUUAUCAGCUAUCUUAUGGAUACAUGCUGAAAUUCACCUAUGGAGGGAGGUCAAAAUUUAAUACAUCUAUCUAUGACACAAGCACUUGCGAAAUUGACUAUACACGUUUUUCUUCUCCAAAUUUCACAAGGGAGAAGUCUGACACAGAAGGCAUGUCCAAGAAAGCUAAAGCUGAAAAUCACACAACCAAGAAUUGGAAGCAGAGUAGGCAUGUAGGCGCGUAUAAUACUUACGAAGGUACCAAAGCUUACGAAGAAGCUAGCCGCUUUCCUUCAAAGCAUCCUGUUUUCCGCAGAAUUUUAAGGACUGACAAAUGCCAUCGUUAUAAACAGCAACUUCCAGAACAAUUCAUUCGGAGUUAUCUUGAACCAAAAACACAGCAAGUAACACUGAAAGUGGGGACCAAACAGUGGACUGUGACUCUUUUAAAUUGCAGUUCUGGGUUCAGUUUCUGUGCAGGAUGGUCCAAAUUUCUGGCUGCCAACUCCCUAUGCACAGGGGAUGCUUGUGUUUUUGAGGUACUGAAACGGAAGCCAGCAAAACUAAGAGUGACAAUUUUCAGAAAUGAUGAUGUUUAGUUACUGAAUUAUGUACAUCUUUUUUUUUUCUUCUUCAUACUAAUUGGUAUUUUAGUUUGUCAUGAAAUGUUGGGAUUUGGUAUUUUAGUAUUGUUCUGUGAUUUUGGUAUAUGUGGUUAGGGUAGACUAUUAAAACUUUGACUUGUGCUAAUUAUAUUUUAUGAUGCUUAACUAUUAAAUUUGGUAUUGGUGUAAACAUAUAUGGAGUUGUCGAUCAACAUAGUUACGUUCUUUUUAUCA